UUAGCUGUUACCAUUGAUUGACACACUGGCCACUGGUUAGUUGUUGCAGCUGACAAUGUACAGCUGAACGGGAUGUGGCGAUCAUCCUGAACAAAACCUACUUUACCGCUGGAAAAAAAAACGAAGUUCCCAUAUUUGCAUAUUCCAUUAUUUGUCACGAUUGUUCCUGUGAUUAAGUCUGUCAGUGAUAUGACUCGUAGUUUAAAGACAGUCUUUAACAUGGCCCCGAAUUUGCCCAAAAGGACCGUCGGGAUCUAUGUCGGUUGGAGAAACUUUCUCUGCUUACUCCGUGCUACAGCCACCGUUCGACGCCCUAUUCGGACUUAUGAUGGCAAAAAGCAAUCAACGCCAACUGAACUUCUACAAAAUGUAUGAACUGCAGGCCAACCUACCUGCUGGAAUCUAUAUUUGAACUAGUACCUUGCCGGAGUACCACAUAAUUUUCGCCCGCCCACAUAAUAAAAUUCAUAAAGUGCGAUGAGUUAAUCCGAAUUGGCGUCACAAACGUGCAGGACUAAAAUCAGGAGUACCAUUACAUACUCCAGCUGGUCUGCCAGUCUGCUUGCUGGGCUGGAUAGUGGGUCGGUAGCUGAGUCGCUAGUGAUGACGCCGUCGGCAGUGUUCGAAUGACGAUGGCUUUGUCAUGUAGCCAAUGUGGCCUCUUCGCUCACUCGAUGGUUUGGCUGCCUGUCGGUCCAGCUGCCCGCUACUGUCAUCGUUGUUGGCGGCAAGGCUGUUAUUGUCAAGAUGGUUACUACUGGAGUGUUAGGACCUCAUGGAUGUCGACCAGGCUCUGGCAACGACUGCAGACUCGGAAUCGAUCGGGCAAAAGGCCUCCACUGUAUUCAGAUCGAUCCUCCUCAAGUCGAAAACGCACGGCCUGUGCCACGGUGACGGUCUCACAUACGACUAUUACUGCGACUAUUGAUAAGUGCCGCACAGACUGCAGCACGACAACGUGCCGACGAACGCUAGUUCGGACCGAUUUUGCUCGAUUACGCCAUCGCCGCAUCCGAACUCCUAACGGACGAAUUCCCACUUCGAUCGGUUGACCUUGAGCUCGACUUCGAGCUGAUAAAGCGCGUGCGUCGCUAACUAGUCACUCUCACACUGGUCCACAGAAAUUUUAGAAACUUUGCUAGAAAUAAAGUACUCCCAGACAAACUUGGUUUUUUUUUUAUAGCAAGAACUUGAACUCCAACUUGUUUGGACGAAGCCUGGUCAAUAGAAUCGUGCAUCUACAUGUUCACGUCGUGUGUCCCUAAUCCUAAAUAUUAUCUCAUUCUAAAAAAGGUCUCAAUAUUUUCUUUUGUAUCAGCGGCGCACAUAUAAACAUGUUCCCGAUUCGUUAUGGAGGAAUAGCAAUUUUCCAUGCAGUUGUGUCCUAUGUUGAUCUGUGAGCUCCUACUGUUCUCAGAUGUAAUCAUCGACCAUGCUAGCUUCGAUUGUCCGAACAUUGUGAUGUCAUGUAGCUGCAAGCUAGGCUGAAUUCAAGUAUGGAAGGAGUAAACGCUGUCAUUUGGCUAUGCAAUUCCAUUUAUAAUAUGAAUUGUACGAAAGAGCUGUGUCAGUUUGCCGUAUAUAUAGUCUGUUUUGAUUAGUAUUGAGUAAAUAUCGAUCGGAUUCAAAGAUUGUUACCCUAGGAUCCAGUUAUCUAAUCAUGGCUCUCGUUUCAGACCCCUCGUUCGAAACAGAUCAUCCACCGUACUGACCAUCGAAUCAGCAAAAAGUUUUCAAAGAAUACUUGAGAAUCAAUAAACAUUUACGUGUCAAAUACGUGUUCUUGAUAUUUUGGUUUUUCGUCUUCUUGCAUGCCUCGUAGAGCGUAACAUAAUGCACCUAUAAGACGUGACACAUAUGUAGCGGCUUACUAAUAGUAUCGCGGUGUAUCUAAGUGCUCUCGUAAUAAUAGUGCAUGAUCCAAUAGGUGUCAGUACUACUCCCAUUUAGGCGCUAGUUAAUUUUAAUUCACCGUUUCUAGUCGACCUCGUCGAUUAUCUCUGAUUCUCCUAUUAGUCAAAGGGACACGUCAUAUUCACCUAGUGCUUUGUUGAUUUUUCGUGUUGAUCUCUUCUAUGCCCCUCUACUGCACGUCAUCAUUAUGGAUUUUGCGCCGUUUGUCCAAUGAAGUUCGUCAGCUUCCGGGCGGUCGGUGGCACGACGAUGGCCACCUAACUCUCGAUGACCUUCGGCGGAUACACGAAAGCGUUAAAGAGGAAAUUAUGCAUGAAAGUGAAUCGGUCCUUCAAUGGGUUCGAUCAUCACAAGGUGUACUUCGGUGUCGAAUGUGCCCGUACAAAACAAAGGACGAGGACAAGUUCGAACGACACCAGGGCACCGCACACCGACUGAAAGGGGUCGGUAGCAAGGGCAGCUUGGCCGGCAGCUUGAGUAAUGAUAAAAGGGCUCAAAGCAGUAAUACGGCUGCAAGUCGAGCACUUCUCACCUGUGAACACUGCAAUUUUACGGCGGAUCUCGCGCAGAACCUUCGUGUACACGC